UUGCUAUCAUGGCCAUGAUCUCAACACCAGUUUUGCAAGCAGCUUUUGGAUGGCUUGUGAAUAAAUUCAGAGAUACAGCAGUGGAAAAGUUUGGCAAUAUAACAGAUCAACAAUUUCGUAAAAUCCUCAUGAGUGAAAUCGAAGCCAUGAGCUCUAAGUUGGAUGGAUUAUCAAGAAAAGAUUUGCUGGCAAGUAUCAGCUUCUUUAAAGAAGGAAUCGAGUUGUUAUAUGAAGCAUUUGACGAGACAAGGUCAAGGAGUGAGUUUGGCGCAGAUACAGCACAAGCGGCUUGUGCGGAAGUUGUGCAGCUCACUGAAGGAAUGCGAAACUUGGAGCUUACUGAAGCUGCCACAAGAAAGCUUUCUGGUGCAAAGAAGAGAUUCGAACGAGCUCGUGAAAGAGCAACAGAUGCCUUUUCUAAUGAAGCGCUAUCACCAAAUGACCGCAUCUUAGCAAUGCAGUACCGAGUGAUGGCAACAGUAUUAGAGACAAUUGACAAUCCAUCGGAUGCUGUAGCACCGUGUAAAGUGUGUAUUAAGGAGCUAAACGGUCUGCCAGUGGUUCAGCAAAGUUUUAAAGUACACUUCAAGACAGGAUUCGGAGCCGUGUGGGGUUGGUUUUACCCAGAAGAACGAGUAAAAAUCAUUUCUGGCGUCUAUCGCGUCAAUCGUGUUGCCUACGAUGUCUCACAAGCGAUAUGCAGCAGAGGGCUUCUAUUUCUGGAAUGGCCCAAUGUAGAUACAGGAGAGGAGAAAGUUAACUUACUGCAUGAUGGGAGAGUAGCUCUAUUGCAACGUGAACAAGAUUUGGAGUACUGUGAUCUAUCAUGGACAAUUGGUCAGGAUGGUGAAAAGGAGCAAAGGAUGAAAAAUCUUCUAGAUAUCGCUACCAACUCAAGCGGGCAAUAUAUUGUAGCCGACCAUAAAUUGACAAUCAAGAUGUUUGGCAAUAGUGGCAAGCUUAUGAAGUGUUUCAGACUUCCUCCUCUUAUUGAUGACAAUAGAAGAAAACUAUCGAUUGAUAUCCAUUGGGUUCAGCUGGCCACGGACAUGAAUGACAACAUUUAUGUCCUGGUUAGAGAAUGUAGUCAUAAGGACUCACACUGGAUUUUUAUGUUUAAUAAAACGGCUGACCAGUAUCACAGGUUUUGUUUCAGGACAAUGAGCUCCGACUUUGACCUGUGUAAACUGUCAGUCAGUGAUAGUGGUAAAGUGGUGGUAAUGAAGGGUGACUGGAGAAAGAAACAUUAUAUUGUGGAUGUUUAUGAGACUGAUGGUCGCUUCGUUCGCAGUUUUGGAAAGCAAAAUUUGCAGUGCCCACGAGACAUCACCUCUGUAAGUGAUGGCAGAGUUAUGGUGGUGGACGAAAUUCCUUCGCACUGUGUGCACAUAUUUAGCGAAUGCGGUGACUAUCUGAGCAAGUUUGAUCUCAAUGGGUUUCUGCACUUUCCAAAGAUUGCAUUUCACAGGGAAAGUCAACAAGUCGUCUUGGCUAGUACUGACGAUGAUAAGGAGCUCUCAUGUUUUGAAAUAUACACCAAAGAUGGUGAGUUUGUACGAAGCGUUUUUGUUUACAAUAUUGGCUAUACCCUGAGUGCAAUUGCAGUGAGCCUUGAUGGACGCAUUGCAGCUCUAGGAACUCCGUUUGUCAAGCAGUAUAACGAACUUAGAUAUGACUUUACGAGAUAUGGAUCGAUUGUAGUAUUAUAGUAGUUUGGGGUAAGAGCGCAGUUUCGAAAAAACUGCGCUCUAACCACCCGACUACUACUCUACUGGAAGAUAUGCGUCAUUUAUAUGUCACGCCAUCAUUUUUGUUUGUAAUAUAUUGAAGGAGUGUGUCCGUUGCUACCAUGUGACAUUAUCACAUCAUGGUUAUAAUAUGGUGAAAAUGUCUGAUGUUUCAUGUCACUGUGGUUAUGAUAUAUUGACAUCAUCUUAUUGUUAUUAUUAUACAUUCAACUGGCUAUCUCUUUUCUGAUUGGCCAAAAGCGUAGAGUGAAUUUUCGAAAUCAGUGCCUGGGACGUCAUCUAGCUGUAGAUUAUACAAUAAUCAUGUUAAGGACACUCAAGGUCACGACUAAUCAUGUCAUGUAUGACCGCGAGGCAUGAUUUCUAAGGGUAACGGUAUCAAGUUCGCGCGCUUUGUGUUACCUGCUGAUUUGUAUAAUUUUACACGUUUAGAAAUAAUUUAUCAGGUCUACUUACUGUCGUGACCUUUUUUGGGGGGUUAUUACAAAGCCGAAGGCUUUGGCUGAUAACCCCUACCUCGACCUUGAUUAAUCUGGAUAUGACAAAAGCCUCAGCCAAUAAUUGUUUAUAAUAUAGCGUGUAAUAUAUUAAAAAUUAUAUUUUAGUUUAUGAAUAAUUAUUGUGAUUAUACAGAUCCUUUCAUUGAUUACUCAGAAUUAAAAGAUGCUGUUUUCAUUGAUGGUAAAAAUAAUGUCAAAACAAUUAAUGAAGAAACUAAAGAAGAAGCAGCUAAAUUAUUUCAAGAAAUAUUAGAUGAAUUAAAAAGACCCAAACUUACGAAAAAUACUGUAAAUUUCUAACUUAAAUACAUACAAUGAAUUGGAGUGAAGAAAUACAUGGUUAUAGAGAUGAAGUUAUCUGUCCAUUUUGUAAUGGACAGAUUAAAGAAAGAGUCGUUAGGAUUGUACCAUGUUGUCCGGAAAUGAAAAAUAAAAUAAAAAUAAAAAAUAUGUCUGUAUUAAAAAUGUGGUCAAAUCGAUGGAUAUGAGCAUGACAAUAAAUUUAUUAAUUUUCAUGAAGAUAGAUAUAGAUUUUCAAGAAAGUCUGAAUAUUAUAGAGAGUAUUAUGAUAUAAAAGUAAUUCAUGGUGUUACAAGGGAACAUCAAUUAACAGCAAAAAAUCAAGAGAAGAUAUUUAAAAUUUUUUAACUAAUCGGUAAAACUAUUCCCAAAAUGCAUGAAAAAGGAAGGAGAAGGAUUAAUACACAUUAUAUGCUUAGAAAAUACAGGAAUGUUCAUCAUACUGUUAUAUUUGAAUUGAAUGAUGUUCCCUUUAGAAUUGGAAAACAUUGCUGAUACUCUAAGGUUUUUGUAGAAAAGAAUACAAUAAAACUCAAGGAAAGUCA